UCAUUUCGCGAGCGCGCCAACCAGUCAUAUGGCGUUCACAAUGAGAGACGCUUCCUAUCCUAAUAUGUUUUAGCAAAUUACGUGAUGUAAAUUAAAUAUAUAAUUUAUUACUAUGUAAAUACGUAUUGUUAUAGAUUGUUCUAGAGUAGCCGGUGAUUUGCGAGGAUAAAAAGGAAUUUAUCAUGGACUUCCUGAUUGGCGGGCUUGCGGGUGCGGGGGCAACAGUGUUCACCAACCCGAUAGAUGUGGUUAAAACGCGCAUGCAGUUGCAAGGCGAGCUGCGCACGCGCAGUGAACAGAGCACCAGAUACAGAGGGAUCUUUCACGCGCUGUAUGUGAUAGCACGCGCGGACGGUGCGCUCGCGUUGCAGAAAGGUCUCGUGCCCGCUGUGUUGUUGGGAUUCAGUAUGAACUCUGUUAGAUUAGGCACAUAUCAUGUCGCAGAAGUGCAAGACUGGACAAAAACCAAAGAGGGAAAUGUUAGUCUCGCAAAGUGUGCAUUCUGGUCUAGCAUGAGCGGCAUUUUGAGCUGCGUAGCUAGCAAUCCUGCAUCUGUUUUGAAGACAAGAAUACAGGCUGCCUCGCACCCGAGCAUAGCUGUCGGUAAACAGCAUAGUUAUAAAGGUUUCUGGCACGGCUGUCAGACAAUAUAUAAGACUGAAGGUAUGAGAGGAUUCUUUGCGGGGAUCAGCGCGAAUUGUACCAGAUUAGCGGUCGGCAGCGCAGCUCAACUCACCACGUUCUCUGUAAUGAAACAGGAGCUAUUAGUUCGCGGAUAUUUCGAAGAUUCGCCGUACCAGCUCGCUUUUGUCUCGAGUCUUGUCUCCAGUGUUUUUAUUCUAUUCUUUGAACCGCCAUUGGAUAUCGUUAUCACGCGGCUUUACAAUCAGGGUACUGGCAGGGAUUCACUGUACAAUGGCGUAUGGGACUGUUUCCGAAAAAUAUGCCGCACUGAAGGCUUUAUCGGGCUGUACAAGGGGAUUGGUCCACUGUAUUUGCGCAUAGCUCCUCAGACCACUUUGUCUCUUGUUAUUUGGGACUUGUUAAACAAUACAUUAAUUAAACGUGAAAAUUUAAAAUUGUAAUUCGAAAAUAAUAUGCAAAUAAUUAGUGUCAAUUCUGAAGUAUCAUUUCCAAUAUCUAUCUCGUAACUAAAAUUUUAUAUCGUUAGAAUUUUACAACUGAUUUUGAAAUAUAAAAAGUGCUGCUUCAGAAUUAACCCCAACACUUAUUGUGAUAUUUUCGUAAAGAAACAAUUUCAGUGGAUUUUUCAAAUGGACUAUUUCAACUACUACUAUCUGUUGAACGCUAAGUUAUAAAGUCGUUGAUAUAAAUGCAUAUAUCGUAUUUUCAUUUAUGUUCAAGAUCUAUAAUAAAAUUAAUACAAUAGAAUAAAUGAGUUCUACAAAACAAUCCGCCUGGCUAGCAUAAAAUAAGCUAAUAUCCUUCUUGUAUAGGGAGAGACCAAUGUAAACUUAAACCUUAUUGGGUAGAUUAAAAUAUAUAAUUACAUAUAUACCCACUUAAUUAUUAAGCGAUAAGACAAUCUGUUAAAUAAGUAUAUAUAAAUUGUUACGUUGUUACUUGAUUAAACUAUAUUUACAUAUAGAAUUACCA